UCCAGAAUAGUUUCUAGUACCUUGACUCACACGCCCCAAAAGUCCUCCGUCUUCUUUAUCUUAAUCAGAUUAAAAGACCUUAAGAUAAAUGUCACUUUUGACACUAACAGAUCGGUAUCAUAUCGGAAACAGAUCGAAUAACUAAAUCUCCAAUUGGCCUAUAAGCAACUGAAUAAGUUAAUUUUUACUCACAUCACGUUAUUCGGGAAAAACAGUAACAAAUUCGUCUUGGUAAUGCAUCAUUUUUCAAUACCUUGUCUGAUGAUAUUAUUGUUAUAUUCAGUCAUGGUGAAUAAUUAAAUGACUUUUUAAUAACCUACCUCAAUUUAUUCAUUUUAGAGAAGUUUGAGGCCGCGGCAAAAUAGGAACUGCUCAUUGUUCAUUUUGUUGUAAACAAUUUUAUAAAAUAAAUAAAUGUCAGUAAAAAUUGAGUUAAAAUAUCAUAUUUAACUGUGGAAAUAAAGUAUAAUUCAUCAAAAAAUUAAUUAUAGUACAUAUUCAGUCACUCAAUUUGAAAUUUAAUUUGCUGACAUUAUAUUUCAACUGUUGUAUUUGAAACCACAAGGUCACGAUGUUCAACGCAGUCCAGGUCAUCAAUCAGGUGGUUUUCUUCCUUGUAAUAAUAAGUGUCCAAUCAUCCCAGGCUUCUGUACCAGAAACUCUAUUGGAUUCUGAGUCGUCCAGACCCAUAGUGCACACUCCAGUAGGCUGUUUUCGAGGUCUUCGGGCUCAGGAUGGGGAUUACUCCAUGUUCCUGGGUAUCCCGUAUGCGAGAGUUGAUCCAGAAAAUGUUUUUGGUACUCCUAUACCGGUUAGAUUUGAAGGCAUAUUUGAAGCAAACGACGACACCGCAAUCUGCCCUCAAAAAGAAGAAUUUAACAAAACGAUUACUGGGAAACUUGACUGCCUUCACAUCAAUAUUUACGUACCGAACAGCGCCAGUGUUGAUCAUCCUGUGCCUGUUAUGACACAUAUAUUUGGGGGGAAAUUCGAAUUCGGAUUUCCUAGCAGGUACGUCUAUGGACCACGCUUCUUAGUCAGACAUGACGUUAUUUUCAUUACUUUCAACUAUCGCCUUGGACCGUACGGAUUCUUUUGUCUCAACACUUCUAAAGUACCAGGGAAUCAAGGUUUAAAAGACCAAGUGCAUGCACUGCGCUGGAUUAAAGAAAAUAUACGAUAUUUUGGUGGAGACGACUCCAAGAUCACUUUAGAGGGAAACAGUGCAGGUGCAAUGUCUGUGGAUUUGCAUCAGCACUUUCUACAAGAACCACUUUAUAAUAGAGUGAUUAUACAAAGCGGCGUUUUAUUAACUAAUGGAGUAAUUCAACAUCCUGAUCCAGAUGCUCCUUUGAAAUUAGCAAAGCAAUUGAAUUAUACUACGAAUGAUAUUAACGAAGCUCUAUCAUUUCUGAACAAAGUAGAGCCACAUGAACUUAUUGCUGCAACGACGGAUUCGGAUAUGUUUGUUGGGCCGUGUGUUGAAAAGCAAUUCGAUAACGCUGAGAACUAUAUAAUGAAAUAUCCAGCUAAUGUAAACAGUGUUAGAAUUGUCGAUGUUUUAAUUGGAUUUACUAAUGACGAAGGGUACGGUGGGAUUACUGUAAUGGAAAAAGAGGAAUUUGAAAAAAAAGACUUCGUGUCUGAGCUUUUGGAAGCAUAUUAUGAUUUUAAAAACGAAAGUAAAAUUUUAAAUGAUAUGAAAAAAAUCGUCCGGUCGUUUUAUUAUGGUAGUAAUCUUCACCGUGCAGAUAAUAUGAGACCGGGAAUAAAUAUAUUUGCCGAUUUUGUAAUGUACCAUCCGAUAAUAAGAACUAUUAGAAAAUAUUUGGACAGUGGUGUAGAAAACAUGUAUUUAUAUAUGUUUUCAUAUGCUGGUGAAAGAGAUUUUGCCAAGGAUAAAGAUAAUCUUUCAAAUACAGAAGGUACUGCUACUCAUGCAGAUGAGCUGGGGUAUUUAUUUGACAUUUCUUAUAUGAAAGAGCGCGUGCGUGAUGAAGACAUGCUAAUUGUCGACAUGAUGACUGAACUUUGGACUAACUUUGCUAAACAUGGAAACCCAACACCGAAGCCUUCAAAGUUGAUUCCUCUUCAAUGGCCACGCGUAUCCCAGGACAAACUGCCAUAUUUGGAGAUAAACACUGAACUACGCCUAGGUUCCAGACCGAUGCACGAGCGGAUGAGCUUUCUAGACCUUCUGUACAAGCAUAUUGGACGUUAUCAUAAGGAGCAUUUAUGGAUUGAGCAUUAAAACAAGGAAUCAGCAAUAAUCUUUUUAUUCUAAUAAAUAUACUUUGUUCAGUUUCACGA